CCAAGAUCAAGGAUGCCACCUUUCCGGACGAGUUGUACAAGCUCGGCUUCCGUCGGUAUCGGCUCAUGGGGGAGGAGGCCGAAAAUUAUCCCGAGAUCGAUCGUGUAUAUGAGAGCGCUGAAGGACCAGAUAUGGAUGCUAGGAACCGCUCUAAACUGAAGAAGCAAUUUGCGAAGGAGAACAAGAAGAAGGAUGCCCCAGUGCAGCAGAGGGCGGUGGAUGACAUCUUCCCGAAGGUGGGAACUGCCGAUGGGGCCAAGGAGGCAGUGCCUGAGGUGAAGGCUGUUGCCGGCGACGAUGUCGGUUCUGAUGCUGAAGGCUCUCCCAUUGGGCAGCUUAAGAGGAAAAGAGUCGGGAAGGGCGUGGUGCCCCCGGAGGAGAAGAAGCAAAAGAAGGAGGUCGUCGGGAUGAAAGAGGCCCCCGUUGUCAUUGUUGAUGAACAACCCUCCGAGCCCUCGGCUCUGGUUGCUGGCAUGUCGUGGCCCCAAGAUAAUGUGUAGUUCUCCAUCACCAAGGGGACUGCCAUCAUGCACGCGACUUUGAACCCAAAGGAGUUCUUGAGGGGCGCCACCCCUCCGACUGAUAAGUCUGUGCUCUCCCGGCAGGCUGACGAUGCCCUCUGCUCCAAGGUCCUUCAGGCCUCGGUCACUGCAAGCCUUGGCCUUGGUGAACUUACCUAGAGGAUGGAGCGUUAUGCCCUUCAGAAGUAGAAGGAUGAUGAAGCCUUGGCUGUGGCCCAAAAGAGGCUUCGGGAGGCCGAGGAAGCUUUCAAAGUCGAGAGGGCGGCCCUCGAAAAAAAUUCUUGAUAAUGCCAAGACAGUGGCAAAGGCCGAGGGGAGAGCUGAGGCUGAGAAGGCAGCUGCUGAGGCCGCUAAGAAGACCGAUGAAGACGCUGAGGUCGCCAAGAGGGAGGCGAUGAAGGAAGCGGUGACCGCCUUCGUCGCCGAGGACUGGAAAGUCGAGACCCAGAAAGCAUGGGUGGCUUCGGUAGUUGAGGCCUCGGUAGACGAGUGGGUAAGAGGCCCCGGGGCGAUGUGGCUGGCACAGAAGGGGAAAGAGUACUACGAUGGGGGCGAGUACUUUACUCAGGCCCUCAUCUAUCGGAGGCUAGCCAGGCAACUGGGAACAGACCCGUCGGCGUUUGAUCCGGUGGCUUAUGGGCUUCCUCCUCUCCAGCCAGACACCAGAAUUCCCCUUCCCGAGGGCGCUAUGAGGCCAGAUUUUGAG